UAUGAGAGCAGUGAGUGACCAAAACACUAAAGUUGUGGGCUGGACAUAUAUGGAACUAUAAAGCUUUGUAAAGCUGAGAGGGUCUCUCUGUAGGUUCAUAAAUACAAGAGACCCCUUACACUGUAAUUUCAUACUUUGGAAGUAUCCAUUAUAGCUGCUUUAGUCCAGGUAGAAGUAGAGAUUAUUUGCAAAAAACAGCUGACUACUGCUUGUGGUGACAAGUGCUGUAAAACCAAAAUUAUGAGCUGAAAGAGGCAAAAGGGCUUGUGGUACAAGUGACACCUUUCAUAUUACACUUUUUUAUCAAUUGUUAAUAUAAAGUGUGUAUAAGAAAGUGUGUGCUCAAGAGAGAGAUUGUGCAAAGCAUGCCAUUGUCAGCGCACACAUGUACGCACACACACACACACACACACACACUAUUCCAGCUCUUGCUUGCCUCAUCAGCAGUGGGCCGGCUCGCUGCUGCAAUUCUCUCCGUGUCUCUCUCUCUCUCUCCCUCUCCCUCCCUCCCAUCCCAAACCUCCAGCUGCAUCGGGAACCUGCAGAGCGGUGAGCAAAACAGGGGCCGGCACUUGCAGGCAAGCAUGUUUAGUGCCACGCCACAACAUCAAUAACAGCCAGAUAAAAAGAGGUUGAGACGAGUACCUUCCAACAGCAUCCAAUAAAAGGGGGAAAAACUGCUGCAGGAGGAGACGACAGGAGGCAAGGAGAGAUGACAGACCAACACUAAGAGGAUGAGAGCCCUGACCAUGCCUGUCUGCUCUGCCCCUCUGCUCUGCCUCUUCCUCCUGCUGCUGUGUGGGCUGCUAGGAGGUUGGGUGCUGUCUAUCUGCCCCACUGUGUGCUCCUGCAGCCGCGGACACCGUGUGGUGGACUGCUCCUCACGAGGCUUAACCAAGCUACCGCCUGGUCUGCAGCACAACAUCCGCUUCCUCAACAUCUCUUUUAAUAGCUUGCAGGGUCUGGAAAGCCAGCUCACCCACUAUGCCCACCUGCGAACCCUGGACCUGUCCUACAACCGCCUAGAGACCCUGCCCCCCGCCCUGCCGCGGUCUCUGUGGGACAUCAGAGCGGCGGGGAACCAUCUGCGCUCACUGGACAAAAACAACACAGCUUACCACUGGAACCUGAGAGUACUGGACCUGUCGGACAACGAGCUGGAGAGAGUGGUCUUCAUCAACAACACGCUGCCGAGUCUCCAAGCCCUCAACCUCAGUCACAACAGGUUUUGGACCGUGCCCACCAAUAUGCCGCACAACUUGAAGAGCAUUGAUUUGUCACAUAACUAUCUCAUGCAGAUCCUCCCUGGAUCGCUGGACCGACUGCCAAGGCUGGCAAAGUUUUAUUUGCAUGCUAAUAGUUUUUCCUGGUUGUCUGAGGGGAUAUUUGAUAAGCUGACGGGGCUGGAGGUGAUGACUCUUGGGGAUAACCCUUGGGCUUGUGAAGAAGAAGAAAACAUAACAAAGCUCCUGACAUGGGCUGAGAAGGCCAGUGCAACCAUCCUAGGCUGCCCCUGUUAUACAAGACCUAUCUGUGGGCAAACCCCCCAGGCAACACCAGGGAAGGGGUGGCACUCUGCGCUGUUCACAGAGCCACCACUCUGGGUUAACAGCAGAGGUGAAGGGCAUGAUGGUCAAUCACCUGCAAGGACUGCAGAGGUCACGUCUAGUUACCAGGCCAAGUCGGCACUCUUUGAGACAGGAAUAUAUCAGGACAAAAGAGGAGGGAAUGAAUCUGAGGACCACAUGGUGUUUGUCUGGACAUCUCCUACAAGUUUUGACAGUUUCUCCACACACACAAGCACAACAGCAGUGUCUUCAACAAAAAAGCCCAAAGUCACUAACUCAAGGAAUAAGUGUCACGGACUCCUCAUCAAGACUCAAGAAACUGUCACCCUGACUGUUUUAGUCAUGAUAACAGCAUUCAACACCUUCUGAACCCCUCCACUGGAUACAGAAUACACUACUUAUAUGAUGGUCUUAAACAGUGAAUGUAUGACCAAGAAACUCCACGAGCGCCUCCAUUUUCAUUUCUCUUGUAUAAAAACCUUUGCGACUGUUACUGCCUUGUGUUAGCAAGUGUAGCAUCAACUAGCUCAACAUGACAAUGUGUCGAUAUAAUGAUUGCACACUGACUGACUGCUGUGCUCUAUGCUUUCAUCAUAAUUGUGAUGCUUGUGCUACAUUUGGCACUGCUGAGCCAUUCAAAACAGGACUGACAUUAUACAUCACAUAACAUUCAAUAGCCCCUGUUUGUACUGUCACUGAGUAGAGAGGAGUUACCAACAAAGGGCUGGUUGAAAUAUUUUAAAUGAGAAUGAAUGGUUAUAGGUGUUCCUGCAGUGGAAACUCAAUAAAAAUAAUCAGAAAUUCUAUGAAUUACAACAGAGCAAUGCAAUGAAUCCCAUAUGAUGUAUUACUGUAUGCAACACAAUAACUAUGCACAAGAAACAAAUAAUCAUGUUGUAAGAAUUGAAGAAAUUGGUCCAUCAAAAUUUCUGCAAAGGCAAGAGCUGUUUGGUAUUCCUGUCAAAAAGGUGUACAAGAUUUUUUUGUCACAUUUACUAAGCUGUGACUGUUGGCUUCUUCUGACUAUAAUGCUUAUAAAACUUCUUCCUGGCUGAUGAUUCAAAUCAUCGUGUUUUACAGUAGGGGGCGACGUCAGGACAAACAUGAAAAUAUCUUUCCGCCAAACAAAGAACAAGAAAGACCUUUUUACAGCGGUCAUCAUGGUGAAAAUUAGCCUAACCAUUGCUUUAGUCAAGACUCCGAGACUUUUUGUGUCAAAAACAAAAUAAACUCACAAGUCUUUGUUUGAUUCACUGGACUGAAGAAACAACAGAGUUGAUCUAUCGUUUGUAGAAGAAGCUCAACUAGCAACUGUUGCAAACAUUAUGACAAUUAGUUACAAAUCCUCCUGUAGAAUCCCAGAUGGACUGUUGACUUAACAACGAUUCAGUUAAACUUAAUUGCAAAACAUGAAUAGAAACAUAUGUUGGCACUUGGUCAUUUAAUGGACCUUUUACAAAUUACAAACCCCAAUUCCAAGUUGGGACGCUGUGUAAAAUGUAAAUAAAAUCAAAAUACAAUGAUUUGCAAAUCCUUUUCGACCUAUAUUCAAUUAAAUACACUACGAAGCAAAGAU